AAGUUGUCAAAAUGGCACGUCAUCAGCAAGAUGUUGAUGAACUUUUCGAUGUAAAAAAUGCAUUUUAUGUUGGAAAUUAUCAGCAAGCUAUUAAUGAGGCACAAAGCGUUAGCCCUUCUACACCCCUGGUAGCACUCCAACGCGAUGCAUUCCUAUAUCGUUCCUACAUUGCCCAGGGUAACUACAGGAUAGUGCAACAAGAACUAAAGACUGCAGAUCCUAUGCUACAGCCAUUGAAGAGUUUGGUAGAUUACUUACUACCUGAUGCCAAUAAAUCUGCCAUUGUCGCUGAUAUUGAUGCUCGAGUGGCUAAAGGUACGGAGCUGUCCAAUGAAAUAUUCUUGAUUGUGGCUGCAACAAUUUACUAUCAUGAAGAUAAUUAUGAAGCUGCAUUAAAAAUCCUUCAUAAUGCUGAAUCGCUGGAACUAAGAGCGUUCACACUCCAGUGCCUACUGGCUAUGAAUAGACCAGACCUUGCACGCAAACAACUGAAGUUGCUGCAGGACAUUGAAGAUGACGGCACUUUGACGCAGCUAGCACAAGCAUGGCUGAAUCUAAUUCAGGGCGGCCCUGGUAUCCAAGACGCACACUACAGCGUGAUGGAGUUAUCUGAACGCCUCGGUUCACUGGGACCUGGUCCGGCCUCUCUCGGUGCUGGGGCUGCAGCGGCCAGAGGUAUGUGGGAAGAGGCUGAACAGCAACUGACAGACGCAGCGUCCCGCGCCCCACAGCACGCCGACCUGCUGCUCGGCCUUGCGCUCACCGCGGCGCAUCUCGGGAAACCACCGGAAGUGUCGGCCCGGUACCUAGCCCAGCUGCUCGACAGCCACCCCCAGCAUCCGUUCGUGAAGGAAUACAAGGCUAAGACGGACGAGUUCCAACGUCUGGCCGCGCAAUACCAACCCUCAGUGGCUAGUUAAACGCAUGGUGUAUAUGUAAUACGCAACUAUGUAAACGUAUUAAAUAUGUGUAUUAAAACGUGUUAAAUAAAGAUUUAUUCCAUUU